GAGUCUCCCACCGCCUAAGCCUUCACUAGCCUGGGUCAGUUCUGUCCGGAACCCUGACUGUCCCCAGCCCACAGUCCCCCUCGUCUCCAGCUCCCUGCCACCCCCUGCAGGCCAUCCGUAGCUCUGCUUUCCACUCGACCCUGCAUCCCUACCCGGCUGCUGCGGGGCUCUUGCCAGUAUGGCCCUCCUGGCCGCCUUGUUCCUGAGCGCAGCCCUGGGCGCCCUGCUCAGCUUCGCGCUGCUGGCAGCUGCGGUCGCCAGCGACUACUGGUACAUCCUGGAGGUGGCGAACCCUGGCGGCCCCGGUGGUGCGCAGCAGCUCUCCUCACAUUCUGGGCUCUGGCGCACCUGCGAAGGGAAGAACAGCUGUGUGCCCCUGAUUGACCCGUUUGCCAGUGACAGCUUGGAAGCCUCCCCCUCAAUACAGCACCUUCUCUUGCUGCAUCGCACAGUCAUGGUGGUCCUUCCUCUGAGCCUCAUCCUCAUCGUGUGUGGCUGGGUCUGCGGCUUGCUCAGCUCCCUGUCCCAGAGUGUCCCUCUGCUGCUCCUCACUGGCUGCUACUUCUUGCUAGGGGGUGCCCUGACCAUGGCAGGGGUCAGCAUCUACAUCAGCUACUCACACCUGGCAUUUGUGGAGACUGCCCGCCUGUAUGGUGUACAGCACGUGCAGAGUGUGAACAUCAGCUUUGGCUGGUCACUGGCCCUGGCCUGGGGUUCCUGUGCCUUGGAGGUGCUCAGUGGUGCCCUCCUGCUCACAGCUGCCCGAUUCCUCAGCCUGAGCCAACGCCCAGGAAUGCCCCACUCCGUGAUCAUCUGAGUCCCAGGGUGGCGGGCUGUGUGGAGAAGGAAGGCUCAGGCACUCUUGGCAUUUGCUGGAAUCCUGACUAGGAAGGUGCCCUGGGGUGGCAUGCUGGGGAAGUGCUCUUUCCACUUCAGCUGGACAUGAGAAAGGCAGAUGAUAGCCAGUCUCUCAAGUCAUGGCACAGUCUGUUGGGGUGCCUCAGGGUUCUGGGUGCUCAGGGCGUGCUCUUACUCUGGGGGCGCAGACCACUCCAACCCUCAGGAGCUGAGACAGUCCCAGUCUGCACUAGGAACUGCCUGAGUGCUUCCUUACCUCUCCGUCCUGUCAUCCUAUGCCACAGAGAGGGAGACUGAGGCCAGAAAACCCGAGAACAGAUGGCAGAUCCGGGUGUCACUGCAGUUUGACACCUGGUUCUGUUUUGUUCCCUCUCCCAAGGGGAGGUUGCCGGGGAGGAGGCUUGGGGCUGAAUGGGAGGUACAGUCUAGGUUUGUUUUCAAGCCCCCAAGUGGAUUACUUACUGCAGUGCUUCUGGGCAGGGUGGCCCUUCGCAUCUCAAUCCUUGUCUUGGUGCAUGCUGCUGCCCUGCUGGCCUGGUACUUCCUCUUUAUAGCAACAACCAGGAGGAUGACUGAGCUGGGACCAUGCCUUGCCUGCCUCCUGGUUGCUGGAUCUCUACUUCUGCUGGAUUUGGCUGCAGGCAUGGAUGGGUCAGCUCACAGGCUGCCUGCAGCCUGCUCCCUUUUGGGGACAACAUAGGUGGGAACUGAAUCAUCUCUGGCCACAUAAGAGGGGGCAGACCUGUGUUUACGUGACUGGACAGUGGAUGGCUGUUAAGUUAGGGGCUGUGCAGUACCCAAAAGCCCUGAACAGCCCUGAUGCUGGUGCAGGCUCUUCCUUUGGGUAUGCACUAGGGAAGGUAGUACUUGUCAAGGCUCUUCCUUUGGGUAUGCACUAGAGAAGGUAGUACUUGUCAAGGCUCUUCCUUUGGGUAUGCACUAGGGAAGGUAGUACUUGUCAAGGCUCUUCCUUUGGGUAUGCACUAGGGAAGGUAGUACUUGUCAAGGCUUGGUCCCAGCAGUCCACAAGCCUCUAAGGACAUGGGAAGCUCCUGGGGAGCAGGGGAGUACUUUGUAGGGUUUAAUGUGACCUACCGAGGGCAAAGGUCUGGAACUGACGGCGACCCCCCUUCCAAUUGUGUUCUAAUCUUUGCCAUCCCAUGUAGGAGCACCGCUGAGUGUCUGAAUAAAUCAGCUGUGAUGUGUA